UGUGGCAGCGAUUUUUUAUCAACAAUUAUAAAUAUAUAUGUAAAUAUAACUAAAUAUAAAUAUAUGUGCAAAGAAUUUGCAACAACAACAAAAAAGAACACGAAAUUAAGCAGUGAAUCACGCUGCGCUCGUUGGUCGGUGUAUAAUUUCGUCGAUAAAUAUUUGAAUUGCUUUUGUGACAGAUAGGAAAUAGCCGAGCAAACACGCUCGUACUUACACAUACAUAAGUGAGUUCGUAUGUACAUAAAUGUGUGCCGCUGUAUCAACUAAGCAAAGUAAAGUCAACGUAUGACAGACAGCUGAGCGUUUAGUGGAGAAACCGAAAUCGGAAAUAGCACAAAACAUUUGUGGCGUUUAGCUUUUUGUAGUUCGAGAGAAGAAUAAAAAAAACUUUGUAGUGAAAAAAAAAUGCAGCCCCAGAAAAAAAAAUAAAAAAAUAUACAAACAAUUUUAUUAACGCCCAUAACGGAAAUCAACAACAACGACGUUUAAUAAAAUAAUAUUAUACAACAACAACCCUAAUAAAAUACAAAAACAACAAGCGUAAGAAUAAAAGUCAGUAAUCAUAUCAGUAAACAAUCGGUCGUCUGCUGUAGUAGUCUCACAGACAAGAGAUAUAAAUAAAUAAAACGUCGAAGAUAGCAGCGCAGCGCAGCGCUCGUACUGCAACAAUUACAAUAAUAACAACAGUUAUCACAAUAAUAAACAGCAAACCAUACAAAUCGUCAGUCGAACGUCAGCAACAAAUCAACUCACACAAGUCAACAGAAGCGGAGUGUGAGUACACAUACAAACAAACAUACACACUUGAGUACAAUAAAAAAAAAACAAAUGAAAACACAAUCAGAACAUAUAAUAAUACAAACCUAAAAGAAGGAAAAAAAACAAAAACAACAAUAGUUCAACAAGCAGCUUCGUCAAGCACUAAGAAGAGAAAGGCAACAGCAAUAGCAAUAACAACAAUCAUAGUCGCCCCAAAUUGUACGCGACUACAAACAAACAGACGGAAAACCGAACGUCCGAAAGGCGGAAAGGCAGAAAGCUAAGAAACGCAAUCGCAUAAGCACUGUAAGCAGCAAGCGAGAACACAAACAGAUAGCCAACCAAGCAGCUGGCUGGCUAUACAUAUACGGCGGGCGGGAGUUAAGCAGGCGGACAAAGUCAACGCAGUCGACCAUUUAGCCCCCAACAAACGCCACCAAGCUUGGCCCUGUGUAUUGCACGCGCAGCCGGCAGACAACUGUGUUCUGGAUCUGGACAUAUCCGCUUCCGCAUUGUGUUUGGCUUCGCAUUUCUGUUCUGUUCUUUUACGCUUCGUUACACACAUGUGUACGUAGUUACAUAGUAGUUCGUUUACGUCUUUUGGCAUUUUGGUUUUGGCAAAGAAGACGGUCGCCAACAAGUCCGCGUAGACUACAUAUGCUACACACACACAUCUAACGUUUUGUUGUUAGCGGAAAAAAUAGAAAACUUGAUAUUUAUUGGUUUAUCAGGAGCGGGCUCCAUUUAAGCAUAAGAAACGUUGUAGCAGUUCAACUUUACAUGCAACAUAUUGUACUUUAAGAUCGGUUCGUACACAUUCGUUCGGUCGUUCGUUCGUUGUGGUUUACACUACAGCUAGCCAGCUAGCAGCUAGCGCAACUUGAUUAGCAGCAAGCAGCGAGCAGUGAGCAGCUUAUUGGGCGACCCAGCGACCCAGUGUCGCAGCAGUCGUAUUUCCGUGUGGCGUUGGUCAACACAAACAAUUAAAAUCGUGCACGCGUCUCUGGUUCAAAAUGAAAAUGCUUCCCGUACAGCUGUCGUUGAAUCCGCAGCUCGGUCUGUGGGGUGAUAUGUUGUGGCGUUGCCCGCCGGCGCCCUCCAGCCAAUUGGCUGAAUUGAAGACACAAUUGCCGCCAUCGUUGCCAUCCGAUCCGCGUUUGUGGGGUCGCGAAGAUGUCACCGUCUUUUUACGCUUCUGCGAACGUGAAUUCGAUCUGCCGAAAGUGGAUCAUGAUCUCUUCCAAAUGAACGGCAAAGCGCUUUGCCUGCUAACACGCGCCGAUUUCGGUCACCGCUGUCCGGGCGCUGGUGAUGUAUUACACAAUGUGCUACAAAUGCUCAUCAUCGAGUCCCACAUGAUGCAAUGGCAUUUACCCAACAGUCCGGUCACACCGACCAGUCGAUAUCCUUUGUCGCCGCAUAGCCAUCCACAGACGCCCACAUGGCCACCAAUCGGCGCACCACCGGACAGCCCAUUUCACAAUGCGCAUAUGCAUCACUUUAUGGCACCCAAUUCGGUAACGCUCAGCCCGCCGCCGUCGGUGGACUCACAAGCCAGCAGCCCGCCACAAAGCCAGGAACAAAAUUUGGCAGUUGCCGCCGCCGCCGCAGCAGCGGCCGCUACCGCUUCUGUGAGCGCUGCCAGCACGAGCAGCAGCAGUAGUAGUAGCACCAGUAGCGGUAGCAGUAACAGCGGUUUGGGCGUGACCAGCAGCACCGCCAACGGUAAUCUGCUUCCACCAGCCAUCUCGGUAACAAUGAGUAACGGCAACAGUUACCCAGCACAUCAUGCGACCGCCAGCACAGGCGCCAGCAGCAAUCAAUCCGAUUCGGAUGAGGAAGGCAGUUACUCAGAGCUGGCAGCGGCCAAUAGUUUGUCCAAAAACAGCGCAGCGGCAGCAGUUGUAGCAGCACAUUAUAGCGCCAGUCCGCCAACAACGCCUAUAUUAAAGGAUAUGCCACAGAGCUUAUCGCAACAGAUUACAAACAGUUUUGUCAAUUCAUGGUCACAGAACCAGGCGGCACAGGCCAUGAGCCAGAAGUAUCAGCCGAAUGGCAGUAGCGGCGGUUCAGUUUCGGCGCCGACGACGCCCAGCUAUAUGCAGCCCGUGAAACGCGAAUUCUUCCCGGAAACCACAGAACCCAAUACAAAUGGUCGUUUGCUAUGGGAUUUCUUGCAACAAUUGCUCAACGAUCGCAAUCAGAAGUACAGCGAUUUGAUCGCGUGGAAGUGUCGCGACACAGGCGUCUUCAAGAUCGUCGAUCCCGCCGGUUUGGCCAAACUGUGGGGCAUACAAAAGAAUCAUCUCUCCAUGAACUAUGAUAAAAUGUCACGCGCGCUACGCUACUAUUAUCGCGUCAAUAUACUGCGCAAGGUCCAGGGCGAACGCCACUGCUACCAGUUUCUGCGCAAUCCAACCGAGCUCAAGAACAUCAAAAAUAUUUCGCUGCUCCGACAAUCCGUUGCCGGCAAUAGCGGUGCAACAACCGCAGCUAGUGGUGCUAAUAAUGCCAACGGCGCCAAUAACAGCAAUAGCAACAAUAAUAACAAUACAAAUAACGGUAACAACAGCAAUCAGUCACCCAGUACAAAUUUGAACAGUACAAAUUGGACUUUGCCGCAUCCACAAUCGCCGCAGCGUCACCCAGCCGCGCACGGCAGUAACGGUAAUGGCAACAGCAGCGCCAACAACAGCCUGAGUCACAGCCACAAUCACAGCAACGGCCUCAACAGUCCGCACAUGAGUCUACCUGCAAUUUCACAAUCCGCCGCAGCCGCUGCUGUAGCCGCCGCAGCUGCGGCCGCCUACGGUCCACCACCCACAUCGCCGCUCUUCAUGCACGCCAUCAACGGUGCCUUCCAAUACCUAUCGAACCCGACGGGCGCACCGCCCAACUCGCCCGCAAUGCCACACACCCCAAGCGAAAAAUUUCAAUUCGGCGCCUUAAAAGUGGAACACAACAGUGGGUCGCGUUCGCCCGAUCACGGUGACGAAAUGAAACCCACGGAUCUCAGCGUCUCAGGCAAUAGCACCGAAAAGCGGCCUUACUCAAGCCCCUCGGCGGAGGAUUGCUAUCCACUCAUACGUAACGCUGACGGUCUGACCACAAUCAAGCUAAUACGCUACAAUAAUGAAAGCCAUGAAUCAAGCGCCGCCAAGCAAACCGCGCACGAGCAACAACAACAACACCACCAGCAACAGCAGCAAUCGCAUACCGAACAGCAACAACAAGCGGAACAGCAACACCAACAACAGCACACCCCCAUGGAUCAUAUGGACAAUGAGGGCAAUGAUGAGGACAGCGUGCAUGCUGCUGCCACUGCAGAUAGCAAUAAAUAUGGCGCCGCCAAUCUAAUGCCAACCGAUCUGCGCAAGUAAACGACGUGUAGGAGAGACACAGUGAUAGGAGCUAACUAAUAUGACAAUAUGCAACAAGAAGACGAUGGUGUGCCGAACCAAAAGUAAUUACAUACGUGCAUCUAAGUUGCUGACACACACACACACAUCAAUAACAACAACGCCAGGACAAUCAUUCAUAGUUAAGUGGAGAGUGCUGUGAGAGGUGUGUGGGCGCGAGAGAGCAACUCAGGUGUGCGCUUAAUGAGAGAUGGCAGGCAAUUAGUGAUAGUGAUGUGAGAAAACUAUUGCAGUGCCCAAUAACUGUUUGGAGAAGUCCACAAAGAAGUCUACAAGAAAGUCUACAGCAAAGUCUCCAUAAAAGUUCUUCUGCUCCAGUGUGCCAAAUCUACGUUUGUAUGUAAGCUCAAGCAUCGUCCAAGUUGCAUGAAAUUCAAUAAUUCACAAUUCCACGGGAAUUCAUACCAGCGUCGGCAAGUGAUCGUGUUCCGCUCAGCUAUGAUUCAUUUGCGCUGACGCUGUUGUUGCACUUCGGUCAAAUUAACAGCUGUUUAUGUAUGUAAGUGGCAAGAAGUUGCACAUUUUUAUUAUUAUUUAAUUAUAUGCCGUAUUGAUGUAGUGAUUGGAAGUGUGCAAGCACACAGGCAGAUAUUUGCAAACAAAUACAUACUUACAUGCAUAGUAUGUCUAGAAAAGCUUAGAUAUGUAUUGUGUAGGAGAGUAUAUAAAAUCAUUAUUAUAUUAAUUGCAAAUGUCUGCAUUAAUUAUAUACAUACAUAUUUUGUAU